AUGCCUCCCACAGUGGUAUGCCUCCCAUUUCCGACUGCAAACGGCACGCAGGAACAGCACACCGAAGAUGCUCCUUCCAAUCACCAGAGCGAAAACCACAUCCGCUCUGACAUUCUCCAUGCCCGUAUAAAGAAGAAGGUCAUGACACCCGAGAGAGCAGCUGCGCCCGCCAGGCCGCGUCGCAGCCAGGUUCAAGCUGCCCAGUCCACGCCGGAAAGGAUGCCAUCGCUGUCAGAAUCAGCCACGGAGAGUGAAGGGGGGAAUGCUGCUACCGCGCACACGCCGGCAACUACGCCUUCAAUUAAUGGGUCUGCUUUGAAGCGUAAGCGAACUGAAGUUCCCAAUUCGAAUUCCGAGGAAGAGCCUCGCCCGGCCCCCAAGCGCAAAGGCGGCAGGAAGAGGCAAUCUCAAGGCCAUAUUCAAAGCCCAAAAAAGGCCGUGAAGGCGGUGGAGGAGAAGGAAGAUGAAAUUACAUGGGAGGUAGAACGCAUCGUCGGCGAUCGUAUCGAGGCCGAUACCUAUAUCCACUGGUACCAGGUGAAGUGGAAAGGCUAUUCAACCAAGCACAACACGUGGGAGCCCAAGAAGAACCUGACCACCUGCCAGGGCCUGAUCGAAGACUUCGAAAGGCUCGAAAAGAAGGAAUCAAUAGGCAAGAAGAAGUAA